CAGCAGCUCCCUGCCGUGCCCCCGAGCGUGGUGCCAGUGCCACCACCCCGGCUGCAGGGAGGGGACAGGCGUGUGGCUGCAGUCAGGGGGGGACAGCCCACACGGAGACGCUUUGCUCCCAUCACUGCAUUCAACGAGCAAGUUCUCAUCAAGCACACUGGAGGGUUCCCCAAGUCCCCGCUGUGCAGCAACGCCGUGGUCACCAUGGUCUACAUUGGCAAGAGUGGGCAUGUGCCUCUCAAUGACUACUGGGAUGACAUCCAAAUCUAUCAGCAGCACUGUGGAGGAGAAAACCUCUGUGUCUAUAAAGGAAAGCUGUUUGAAGGAGAUACAUUCCAGUUCACCUCCAAGAGGCACCACGGUUUCCCGUUCAGCCUCACCUUCUUUGUCAACGGGAUGCAAGCUGACAGGCUGAGCUGCUGCUGUGAGUACAAACAGCACAGACACUCUCGGCUGCGAGGCAAACACAGAUACUUCAGGGUGCUCAACGUGGAGGGAGCCUAUCCCUGCUACAG